AGUCUAAACCUCAACCCCGUCGAGUACGACGGCAAUGCUCUCCGCCACUCGCUCGUUGGCUCCAUCCAGGACUCUGCCAACCUGCUCUCCAACUCCACGGACGCGCCUCCUGCCUACCUCACCACCGUCGACCCUGUCAACGGCGCCCAUGUCGUAACGACGCCAGACAAGGUGAACACACUUGCUACGUCGAUUCCAACAGAGGAAGGACCCAAGGUUCAGUGGUGCCAGUGGGGAACCCAGCUCGUGCCCUGCUCUCCCGGUUAUGGAGGAGCUUGGACGGAGCAUCAUCCAACCGACACUGGAAUCUGGUCAGAGGCUCCUCCUCCUCCUCCAGGGAUCAAGAUCCGUGAGCAUGUGCAAGCGGGACGGCGCAGCGAACCGUACGUACACGACAUGUUCAGCUAUGGACAAGCUGGAAUCUUCGGUGCGCGCAAACCGACGAGGGGGCUGAGGAGAAUUGCGGGAGGAUCGAUCCUGGCGGCGAAAGCGACCGCGAGUGGACCGUCUGUGUCGGAAGCAUCAAAGGUGGGGAAGGAGAGGCCAGCUGCUGCUCCCGCGUUGGCCAGUCCCGAGGCUCUUCAUGGCAGCAGGGAAGACGGCUGGAUCAGCGAGGAAGCCAAGAAUGCGGCAGCCAUCUACGGGAUCGUGAACCCUUCAGAGGAAGACAAGAUGCUGUCAAAGGAGGAGCUGGAGAAGAAAUUCGCCAACGUGAUCGAGACUCCAGGGAAGAACAAGGACGCUGAUGGCUGGGUGAACGAGGGGGCAAAGAACGCAGCUGCUAUGUACGGGAUCGUGAACCCAUCGAUGGUGGACGAGCUGACUGAGCCAAGCAUGAAGAGCGUGCAGUUCCAGAAGAAGCAGAUGAUGCUGGAGGAGAUGAAGAGGAAGGAGAUGCAGAAACUCCAGCGACUUGCGCGCGUGUCGCUGGUGUGAAGGUUUCUUAUGAUACAUUAGGUUGACAUCUUG